CUACGGCAAGCUGGGAGUCUCAGAGCGCAUGCAUCAGAACCCAGCCCACGAAGAGUAAAGGAACCUGCAGUUUUUGCUUCUAAGCUCCUCCUUCUCUCCUCCUCGCGCCCUCCCCGCUAGUAAAGGAACAGUAAACGCCCAGUGAAUGAGGAGGUAUCACGAAGCUCUGGCUCGGGUUCUUAGCGGUUCACUGCGUCAGCGCCUUGUCUCUAGCACCGCCUUUCGGCUCUGUGAGGAAUGCCAUCAACUGGCCUUCGGGGCGAGGUGAGCUCCCAGAUCUGCCCAAUUACGCCGUCAUUAUUUCCAAAUCCCCGCCGUACGACACCAGCUAGCCCUCUAACGACACUGUGUAUCAGGGGGCGUAAGAGGAGUGGCCCACUUUUUGGAGUCAAGAAAUGGAGUGGGCGGUGAAAGCAAGGGAACAUGGAGGCCCAGUGGACAGGGAGAGCAGAGCUGGAUGGAAUUGAGAAGUCAAGUGCUGGAUAUGACUUCUCUGCUCAUCUCGGGGAUCCUUCCAAUGGAAUGGACUGAAGCAGGUUAGGGGAUUCCUAAGAAUACUCUGGGCUUGAGUGGAUGGAGUUCCAGCAGUACCUUGCUUGUUCCCCCUCUGGACCACCUCCUCAGGAAUUUGCCUUCACAGCCUUUAUAUUUGGAGAUCUUUGUCUUAAGGGAGCUGAAAGCCCUUUCUUCGUCCACCACCAUAUUCUUUGGACCUAGGAUUACCGUGUUCAUCAGCCAUCAUAGGCUCCAGAUCUGACCUCUAGGGUGUCUCCCUGAGAUCUUCAUGAAUGGUCAGGGACACUUUGAGGAUCCAUUGCCUAAUCUGGGAGUGGAAUGAAUAAUGCUUAGCUGUUCUUUCACAUUUUUCUACAUCUGCCACAAUUGUUUGGAAUUAAGAGAAAGCAAUCAUGCCAAUGGGAAGCAUCUUUGCAGAAUAUUUUUCUGAUAAAGGCCCAAGAACAGAUUCAAUUUUUUAAAAACCUUUGCCUUCUUUUAGUUUCAAGACAGAAGAGUGGUAAGGGCUUGCCAAUUGGGGUUAAGUGGUUGGACAGUGUCGGAUUUGAAUCCAGGCCUUCCAGUCCUGGUUUUCUAUCCACUGAACCACCAGCUGCCCCAACUGAUUCAAAUUUAUAAGAAUAAGAGCCAUUCUCCAAUAAAUAAAUGCUCAAAAGAUAUGUAUAAGUAAUUCUCAAAAGAAGCAAACAAUCAACCACUGUUUGAAAAUACUGAAAAUUGCUAAAUAAUAAUAAAUAAAGAGACAUGCAAAUUAAAAUGACUGAGACAAAGAAGGAAAAUGACAAUUGUUGGAGAGUUUGUGGGAAGAUGAGAACACUGAUAUGUGGAUGAUAGAAUUAUGAAAUGGUCCAACUAUUGUGGGAAGCAAUUUGGAAUUAUACCCCAAAGUCAUGAAACUAUAAAUACUACUUGGCUCAGCAAACCUACUACUAGUCUCUUAUCCCCAAUUAUUCAAAAGCAGAGGGAAAAGAUCCAUAUAUACAAAGAUAUUUAUUGCAACAUUUUUUGUUGUUGUAGCAAAGAACUGGAAAUAAAGUAGAUGUUCAUCAAGUGGGUAAUCUGAAUAAACUAUAUUAUUGAAAUGCAAAUGGAAUAUUUUGCACCAUAAGAAAUGAGGAAAAGGAUGGAUUCUAAGAAAUGUGAAAAAAAACUUGUAUGAAUUUAUACAAAGUGAAGUAAGCAGAAUCAAGAGAAUAAUUUUCAUUUUGUCUACAAUAUUGUAAAAAAACAUUAAUUUGAAAGAUUUCAGAACUUUCAUGAAUGCAAUAACUGGUCACUACUUCAGAAGGUAGAUGAAGAGCAUAACUUCCACCUCUUGGAAGAAAGGUGAUAUACAAUAGGUACAAAGUGAGACAUGUUUUGAAGCAUAGACAAUAUAAUGUAAACUUAUUUGAUAAUACUUAUUUGCUUUUAUUUGGGGAGAAUAGAGUGCUGUGGGGCAGAAUGAGAGGGAGUAAAAAUGAUGGACUUGUGCUUCCAGCUUUCUUUCACAGUGGCAUGUCAGGUUCACAAAAGGCCUUUACUAUGUCUCCCAUCAGGGUGCUAGAGGGAGUUUUGGAAGGAAGCAAGGGAGCAGAGUGGAAACAAGAGUUGGAUGGAAUGCAACAAACCAGGAAGUACCAGGGGAGACACGUUAGAAUCCUGUGAAAAGAUUCUGAGACAGUUAAGAGCCCUGGAGGAGGGGAAGGUCGAGGAGAGAGCAAGCAACUGGAGCUGAUUUCACUCUCUCUCCUGAUCCUGUGGUGAAAACCCAUUCAACCAUCUGUUGCAAUUUCCUGUGAUUCCUCUGUGAUUCCAGACACUAAAGAAACAUCUCAAGACAUCUCAAGAACAUCUAGCUUUAGUAGUGAACUGAACUACAAAGUUUCCUUGGUGGACCUUGUCCAAGCCAGGGUGACUAGCUCACUACUGACACCAUCCUCUGAUUUAACUGCCAUUUCUGGCUUCCAUCAAAGAUUCUCUUUGUGUGGGCUUAGCCUAGGUAGCAAGUUAAGAAACAGAGGAAUUUUAGUUAGAGAAGAAGUGAGUGUAGCCCCAACAUUUGUUGGGAGUCAAAGAGACCUUCUGCAAGGUCAGUAGAGUGGGAAAAGUUAAAUUUUAGUGGUAGGGAAUCUCCAAGCCCUCAACCCAAUACCCAAUCCUUUUUAUCUUUGUUAACAAAUCUUCAACUAUUUAACAACUGAAGUCAGAGUGAGUUACCUACUGGCCUUCUCAGAGGGAAGCCAUUUAGCUCUCUGAGCCUGAACAGACCAUCCUCUCAGACUGAGUCAAGUAAAAUCUCAGUCACAUGUUUUAAUCACCCCUUUACAGUUGGUGAGCAAGGCUGGGUUUCAGAUCUACUCACACUGUACAAAUUUGAGACAGGAAAAGUGAUUUUUGGUCAAAGAGAGACGUGGGCCUAGUCAGACCUGUGUAACAGUAGAGUGGCCAUAUUGGAAUUUUCUGAGCUCUACUGGUCACAGUCUACCUGGCAACUAGGCUAUCCUAUCAGGAGAAACCAUCAUUCCUGUGGGGUAGAAUUUCUUAAAGGGCCAAUAGUAAAUGACAUUUUUCCUAUUUGAGGCUUGAGACAACACAAGGAUGCACAAGCUAGUAGUCAUCAUGGGAAUAGCAGCUGGAUUAUACCAAGCAAUGCUUAUUGGGUAUCACCUGCUUUUUGUAGUGAUUCCCAAUUUCAUAUAUGUUAUGAUGAAUCUAUAUGGGACAGUGAAAUGGCUGAAGAUGGAAACAGACAAAACUUUAUCAUACAUACCUGUGAUUCUAGUGUUGCUGUACACACUGAAAAAGAUCUAUUGCACUGGGAAAAAAGUUAUGGGCAAGCUAUUUGUGAAGAAAGGCACAGAUAAGGAUGAGAUAGAAUUGAAGUUAACGAUAUUAGCUCUAAAGGAAGGAAUAGCAAACAUGGAAACCAAACUAGAAAAAAUGAAUGGGGAAUUACAAGAAAUGAAAACUAACAGGGGGAAACAACAACAGACACUAGUGAAGGAAAAUAAUAAUGAGGAUCAGGAACAAAGCAGUGGUGGAGAGUCAGUGCUUCCACUACACAAUAUGACUAGUCUUCAAGGGGAUGCAGGGGUUGUAUAUACUAAAAUACACAAGCCGUUUACUACUGCAGAUUUGGAACACCUACGUAAAAGAAUGCCCAAAUUUUUUGAAGAACCUAUGAAAUGCAUCAAGGAGUUCAAACGGGCAAUUAGAUUAUUUGAUCCUUCCUUUGAAGACACGGAGCUUUUAUUAUCUGAACUAUUUUCCAAAAAAGAAAAAGAACAAUUUAUUGAGGAAACAAGACAAAACCCAAAUUUAAUUUCAUGGCCUACGGAUGGACAGAAUUUAGAACUAUCUAAUGUGCAAAACUUACGUUUCCUUGAUCAAGCUAGGCAAGCUUUGUUAGAGGCAAUGAGAAAUUUCGCUAAGAGACCUGACACAUGGGACAGAUUCGAGAAGCUGAAACAAGAGCAUGGGGAACAUCCUUCUAUGUUUUUAGAUAGAGUUGUUGAGAUGGGAGAAAAUAUUUUGGGGUUUACUGAUCUUUCUGAAAAUAAUUUGCAACACAUAAGGAGACAGUUUGUCAAGGGAAGUUGUUUACCAGUGCGAACUUACUUCAGGCUUCACUGCCCAGGGUGGGAGUCUCUUAAUCUAGAAGAUUUAAGGAAAACAGCUACUUAUGUUUUCACUGGAGAAAAAGAACAUAAAAAUGAGGAGGGGGAUGAGCUUGUACAGGAAUUGAGGUCACAGUUAAAAGAGGCCAACAAAAGGCUUAGAGAAAAAGAGAUAGAGGAAGUAAAAAACUUAGCAACAUUACAAUCAUAUAAACCAAGAAGAGAAUAUGUACAAAGACAACAAAGAACUAGUCAGCCUAAAUGUUUCCUCUGUGGGGAGCCUGGUCACUUUGUCAGGGAAUGUAGAUUAAAAGCCCAAAUAGACAACAGGGAAUAUGGUUAUGGGAACAAUAGAAGAAAUUGGAAAGGCAGUAGAAAUGUCAACAACAGCAGACAGGAACAGGGCCAAUGCUGUUCCCAUGUAUGUAGCAACUCUGGAAUCCAAGCCCUAAAUCUUAGUACUAUGCAGAAAUUCAUUCAGGAAGGUGCUAGACCUAAGUAUUCAUCAGUAGCAAUCAUGGGAACAAAACAAAGUCAAUUAUAAAGCCACAUUGUGGGGGAGACAGAAAUAAAAAGUGUUACAGAAUGGAGGAAAUGUUGAUAAUGGAAGAGAUAGUGACUAUAACAUUGAAAAUGAAAAUAAUGUAAAUAAGGAGGAGUUAAUGAUGCAAAAAAGUAUUAGCGCAAAAACCUGUGAGCUAAAUGGAACAGUGAUAUAAGCCAAGGAUGAGAACAAUAUUACUAAAGGGAAAAUGCAUGGAGUUAAUGCUACAAUAAAUAAUGAGCAAGAAAUGAGCUUAAUAGGGGGCAAUGCUGUAGCAGAAAACCAUUGCAAAGAUACAGAAACAAAGAACAGUGAACUUAAAGAGCACGUAUCUGUGAGCAGGUAUAGUGACACAAUGAAAGAAGAAUAUGGGCUGGAAACUGAAUCUCUAGGGGAAAGUGGAGCAGCUAAUGUUGAUGAAUACCCAGCAGAUGAUUGGGAUUUAAGCAAGAUUGAGUUUGAAGCACACAAGUGUUAGAACCUCCCAACACAAGUGAACCUCAUGUAAUAAUUAAAGUAGGAGAGGAAAUUUAUUCAGUUUUACUUGACACCAGGGCUAGUAAGCCAAUGCUAAAAAUACCUCCUGUGAAUAGUAAAAUAGCUGGGUCUAUAGAAGUGAUGGGAGCCAUAGGAAGAAUAUAAAGGGUUCCAAAAUUACAUUACAUUAGCUUUUACUCCUUUUGAGAGCAUACAAAUAGACUUCAUAAACAUGCCUAAAUCUGGAAGGUUUAAAUAUUGUCUAGUAAUAGUUGAUAGACUCACCAGGUGGCCAGAGGCAUUUCCUACUAACAAGAACAGUGCAGAAUUUGUAGUAAAAGUACUAGUGAAGAGAUAAUACCUUGGUUUGGAGUGCCAUCUUGUGUGGUCUCAGACCAUGGAUUACAUUUCUCAUAGUCCAUUUUAAAACAAAUCUAUGAAAAUUUGGGUAUCAAAGCCUGUUUUCAUACUCCUUACCUCCACAGAGCUCUGGACAGGUAGAAAGAUUGAACAGGGAGAUCAAGACUUUGGGAACGUCUCUUCAGAGACUCGUUUAAAAUAGACUUAAAUAUUACCUCUAAUGCUUUUCUACAUUACAACAAGACCAAGGGGGUACAUCUUGCUCCAUUUAAGAUGCUGUGUGGACAUGCCCCACUACAAACCAAACUGUGUCAAUCUAGUUUUAUUUCUAUGUUAGGAGGUGAUUGUCAGCUUGCAGCUUAUAUGAAAUCAUUGCAACAGAGACUGAGAAAGCUCCAUGAAAUGGGGGUAAUCCAAGAAACCACACCACUGGGUUAUUCCCUAUACAAUAUAAAGCCCAGGGAUUCAGUAUUUCUUAAAAACUUUAGUAAACAAUCAGCCACAGAAGAGAAAUGGGUGGGUUCCUAUGAAAUUUUGCUCACAAAUCCUUCAUUUAUAAAAGUCUUAGGGAAAGAUGCAUAGAUUGACUGUUCCCAUGUGAAAAUCCAAAAAGCUGACAGGAAUAGGACAAAUCAGAGUAAAAUAAGUGAUGAGACAGAUGAAAAUGAGAAAAGGAACCAGGCAGAAGUAGAAUUAGGAGAUAGUGAGAUAGAAGUUCCUGAAACUGAUGCAGAAGAAGAAGAAGAAAGCUGAGAAACAUCAGUAAAGUACAGACAACCGGCAAGAAAGUUCCAGAUGUACCAGCCCAGAGGGAAAGCCUGAAGGAAAGACUGGAGAACAGAAAGAGAACAGAAACUUUGGAAUUGAAGAGACAAUAAAGACAGCACAGAUGGUGAAAAAUUUGUACAUAUGAAGUGGACAGACAAUGAACAGGACAAUUGUAAGAAACAGUGCACCAAACAACAUAAACACAUGUUUAUGUUAGGACAUGCAACAUGCACAUACAUGGAAGAAAAAGAGACUUCCAUCAGUCAACAUGACAAGUGGAUUUCUGAAGAAUAUCAAUAAUUAUUAUGUCCAACACUACAUAAAGUAGGACACACGAUUCACAAAAUAAUUUAUAUAUAUUUUAUAGACCCCAUCUAAAUAAAUGGGAGUCUUUAUGGUGGAAAAGAAAUUGCUGGAUAACUACAUAGUCAGGAGUAGAUUUAUAAGGUAUUAAUUGGAUAGAAGGAUUUGUAGAUUUCUAUUUGAUUAAUAUCAGAGUGUGAUAGGAUUAAAAAUAAUGACAGUAAGAUAUACUUUGUAGAUAUAUGUACAUAGAUCUGUAUAUAGAUGUAUAUUUGUAACAUAAAAUUCUUGUAAUUAUGUAAAUAUUUCUUGUAUGUAUCAUGUAUGUAGAAAGACGAUGUACAAAAUAGGUUAAGGAAGUUAGUUAUAAAGUUAAUGUAACAAUUUAACUAUAGGGUUAAAAUUUAGUAUAGAAACUAGAAUAAAGCUGUUUGAAUUUGUUCAGAUUAGGGUUUUAAACUGCAUUACCAGAAAGUUUUUUCCUUAAAUGAAGUUUCUUAUAAAAGUGGAAAAUUCUAGGGUUUAAAUAUUGUUCUGGUAUAUUAGUCAUGGAUAGAAAGAUUUGUGUAUUAGUUUAAUAUAACAGGAAUAGAUGAAAAUUGAUUUAGAAAUAGUUGAUCUACUAUUCUGGUGUUAUGUGAGUUUGCAAUUUAUAAAAUUGAUAGGAGAUAUUGAUGUUUGCUACAUUGUUUGAGAAUGUGCAAAAGUUCUGUUGUGUUGAAACUUUGUAAGAGUUUUGUAAGAUUCCUCUGUGAUUCCAGACACUGAAGAAACCUCAAUCCUUUUUAUCUUUGUUAAUAAAUCUUCAACUGUUUAACAACU